AUGACCGACAACGCCAACAACCUGGGCAGUAUCGACCCUUCGUUCCAGAAGAUCAUCAAGACGCAGUCGUCCGACGGGCAAUUCGAGGACGAGGUGGCGGCUGCGGCCGCCGCAAUUGCGGUCAACAAUAGAGGUCCAGCGCCCGACGCCGGCCAGAAACAGGCCCAGGCCCAGUACCAUGCGCAGUACCAGCCCAGCAGCGGCAAGUCUGGCGCCAACAGCGGGCUGCCACCUCCUCCGACGUCUGCGUCGCCGCCUGUGCACAGCGGGUCUCCCGAGUCGGGCUCGCCGGGCCAGGACGAAAACGGCCGGCCUUCGUACCACGGCAAGCCGCUGAACCAGUCUAAGCGGGCUGCGCAGAACAGGGCCGCGCAAAAGGCGUUCAGACAGCGCAGAAAAGACCACAUCGAGGAGCUCGAGAAGAAGCUUGAGCAGCACAGAGACUGCCAGCAGGAGCUGGAGAGUCUGCGCCAGGAAAACAUCCGGCUCAAGGAGUACAUUCUGUCGCUGCAGAGCAAGAUCAUCAGCACGGGCGACGCGACAAUUGCCAACCCGCCUCUGGGGCUGUUUGGCAACAGCACGUCAACGGCCGAGGUGAGAAUCACCCCGGGAAACCCUACAAACAGUGUACUUGCGCUAGCGUGCUGUCUGCUGGAUUUCGCUUCAUUCUGGUUGAUCUUUGCACAGAGACACAUUCCCUCGGCACGUGGAGCUCCAAGGAAACUCAAGUUUGUGCGGAUUUCCAACAAAUACCCACCGUCUACUGACGCUAGGCAUGUGAUGGAAAUAAUUUGA